UUCUCAAUUUAAACCGUGCAUCGUCGUGUUCUCCCUCCUCCCCUGCUCUCUUUUCUCUCUCUCGCGUCUCACCGUUCGUAGCUCCGUCGCCAAAAACCCUUGUCUAGGGUUUACAAGAAAUCAGUCCCUCCUCUCAUGGCGAUCGAAUGCCUCGUGCUAGGAGCGGGGCAAGAGGUGGGGAAGAGUUGCGUCGUGGUCUCGAUCGGGGGCAAGAAGAUCAUGUUCGAUUGCGGGAUGCACAUGGGCUACCUCGACAGCCGCAGAUACCCCGAUUUCUCCCUCAUAUCGGAGACAGGGGACUUCGACUCCUCCCUCACAUGCGUCGUCAUAACACACUUCCAUCUGGAUCAUGUUGGGGCCCUUCCUUACUUUACGGAGGUUUGUGGGUAUCACGGACCCAUUUACAUGACGUAUCCAACUAAGGCUUUGGCCCCAAUAAUGUUGGAAGAUUAUCGAAAAGUAAUGGUUGAACGAAGGGGAGAGGAAGAGCAAUUUAGUUAUGAUCACAUUAUGGAAUGUAUGAGGAAAGUUAUUCCACUGGAUUUGAAGCAGACAGUUCAGGUCGACAAAGAUCUUCAGAUUCGUGCCUACUAUGCUGGGCAUGUUUUAGGAGCUGCAAUGAUUUAUGCAAAAGUCGGAGGUAGCACCAUGGUCUACACUGGUGAUUAUAAUAUGACACCGGAUAGGCAUCUUGGAGCAGCUCAAAUUGAUCGACUGCGGUUGGAUCUUUUGAUAACAGAGUCUACAUAUGCGACAACUAUUAGGGAUUCAAAAUAUGCUAGAGAGAGGGAGUUCCUGAAAGCUGUUCAUAAGUGUGUUGCCGGAGGAGGUAAAGUUCUUAUCCCAACAUUUGCCUUGGGGAGAGCCCAGGAGCUUUGCAUAUUGUUGGAUGACUAUUGGGAAAGAAUGAACUUGAAUGUUCCUAUCUACUUUUCUGCCGGAUUGACCAUUCAAGCUAAUAUGUACUACAAGAUGCUUAUUGGAUGGACCAGUCAAAAGAUCAAAGACAAUUACACAAAACACAACCCAUUUGAUUUCAAGCAUGUGUGCUCUUUUGAGCGCUCACUUAUAAAUGCACCUGGACCAUGUGUUCUUUUCGCUACUCCUGGUAUGAUCAGUGGCGGAUUUUCUCUUGAAGUCUUCAAACACUGGGCUCCAUCUGAAAAGAACCUAAUUACACUUCCUGGAUACUGCGUUGCUGGAACCAUAGGGCAUAAAUUGAUGUCAGGUAAACCUACCAGAAUUGAUUUGGAUGCGGACACCCAUAUUGAUGUUAGAUGUCAGAUUCAUCAGCUAUCUUUCAGUCCUCACACAGAUGCCAAAGGGAUAAUGGAUCUAAUCGACUUUCUUUUCCCUCAACAUGUUAUCCUCGUGCACGGAGAGAAGCCUAAAAUGGCCUCUUUAACAGAAAGAAUUCAAUCUGAGCUGGGAAUUCCCUGCUAUUAUCCAGCAAACAAUGAGACCGUGCUUAUUCCUACUAGUCAAAAUGUGAAAGUUGAUGCCACUGGGCAGUUCAUGAGGAGUUGCCACAAUGUCAACUUGAAUAGCAUCCAGGACAAACCUUGCAUAUCGAAUUUUAGUACGAAUAAUUGUGAAGUCUCAGGAACGAAAAUAGAUGCCAGUAAGAUGGUCAUCACAAGUUGCUGUAAUGCCAACUUACAUAGUACCCAAGACAAGCAUUGCAUAUCCAAUGCUAGUAUCAGUAACUGUGAAGUCUCAGAAUUGGCAGGAGAUGAAAAUCUUACCGAAGGCAUUUUAGUGAUGGAAAAAAGUAAGACUGCAAAGGUUGUCAGCAAGGAUGAGCUCUUGCAGAUGCUGGGUGCAGAAAAGCAUGUGGUUCAAUUUGCGCGCUGCUUUCCUGUACGGCUGAGUAACCGGGAACAGUUUCUGCCUCACGCUGCUAACCAUACUACGCUUCAAUUGUUGUGUAAGAAAUUGAGUAGUCAUGUCAAAUGCAAGUAUAUUGAAUCUUUUUCUGAUCAUCUCCAGUUAGAUUCUCUUCGAAUCCGUAUUUGUUCAAAUGAAGAUUGCCCAUUUCGGACAAACCAAAAUAAGUAUUGCAGUUCGUCGGUAAUUUAUUUCUGCUGUAGUUGGUCAAUGCAUGAUGAAAAUCUGGCCAGCAAGUGUCUAGAGAUAGUAAAUAAUUUAGAUUCAACAAUCCAAGAUUCAAAUUUGGCACAGGAGGAGGCACCUAAUGAGCAUCUGCAAUAGUUGUUUGUAGCAAAAAAUAUCAUUGUUUGAAAAUAUUACCUACUAUUUGUUGGGGAAGGACAUGGAGGUAUGGUUCCCAGUUUGCACUGCUAAUAACUUGGUCAAAGAUAAGUUACAGUGUGUAUCAAUUUAUUGGGGGAUAUAAAUGUGAUGGUAACUUUGCUCGGUUGCAGCUCGUUUACUUUGAGAUAGAGGAGGAAAACUUUGAUGUUUGUUCAGUGCUGAAGUGUCAUGAUGUGUUAUUUAUUCUUGGAAUGGGCUUAUCCAACUAUGUGCAAGGUUAAGAAUACACUUGUUCGAAGAUUUGGUGUGUGCCAUGUUCAAAACUAGUUGAUCUACUCCUCAGGGCAUGCAAGGAUUGCACAUGCAGAGCUAUUCCUGUGGUUGUCUCUUACUCCAGGGGCCUUCGUUGAAGCAUACGAAAGAGAAUAUUAUCCUUUUCGAGUUGACUAGAAUUAUCAGUAAUUUUUUAAUGUAUGUUUUAAUGUCUAUGCAAUCAUGCUACAUUGUAAAACAAGCCUUCAGCAUUUGCUGAAAACACUCCGGCUUCCUCGUGCAAGCAUAUUAUUUCGCCCUUGCUUGUACGACUUUCUUGUAACAUGGUUUUAGCAUGGCCGUUACAGCUUCCAUGAUUGCUGCAUUUUCUGGUCGUAUGUAUUGUUGCAUUGAUCAAGAAUUGACAUUAUGAAAUGACGGUACUGCAAUGGAAUCUGAAUUUUGUGAACUAA